GCUGACAUGUGCAGAGUGCGAUAAGAGGACAGUGCAACACAUUGGCAGUGAUUAGUGCAGUAUAUUAGUGGCACCCGAAGCGAAACGCUCAUAAAUUUGAGGGCGAAACACCAUGACUGUGACGUACACCGCGGAAGUUGCCACCUGCCGAGGGUUUGGCUGCUUUCUGAAGCUGUUGAUGAGAUGGCGUGGAAGUAUUUACAAACUUGUCUGGUUAGAUUUAAGCUGUUUCCUGCUGCUAUAUUAUGUGUUAAACGUAACCUAUCGCUUCGGGCUGUCGGAGGAUCAUAAGCGAAUUUUUGAGGAACUCGUCAAAUACUGUGCCACGUACAGCAAUCUGAUCCCGCUUUCCUUCGUGCUCGGUUUCUACGUCACCAUCGUCAUGACGCGAUGGUGGAAUCAGUACACCAGCAUUCCGUGGCCCGACCCGAUAGCAGUGUUCGUCAGUGCCAACAUUCACGGGCAGGAUGAACGCGGCCGUGUUAUGCGUCGUACGAUAAUGCGCUACGUAUGCCUGUGCCUCACGAUGGUGCUGACCAAUAUCUCGCCGCGUGUGAAGAAGCGUUUCCCGACGAUCGAGCAUUUGGUGGAAGCCGGUCUGUUGAACGACAACGAACACAAGAUCAUGUCGCAUCUGAAUCAAAAGUUUCCGCGGCACUCGAAGCACUGGCUGCCGAUCGUCUGGGCGGCCAGCAUCGUGACGCGGGCUCGCAAGGAAGGACGCUGUCGGGAUGAUUUCGCUUCCAAAACCAUCAUCGACGAGCUGAACAAGUUCCGCGGCCAGUGCGGGCUGCUCAUUUCGUACGACACCAUCAGCAUACCGCUCGUGUACACGCAGGUCGUCACGCUGGCCGUGUACAGCUACUUCCUGACCUCGGUCAUGGGCCAGCAGUGGGUGGAAACGAAAGAGCUGGGCGAGGGUGUGGUAAACAAGAUCGAUCAGUACUUCCCCAUCUUCACGACGCUGCAGUUUUUCUUCUACAUGGGCUGGCUGAAGGUGGCCGAAUCGUUGAUCAAUCCGUUCGGUGAGGACGACGACGAUUUCGAGGUGAACUGGAUAGUGGAUCGCAACCUCCAGGUAUCCUACCUGAUUGUGGACGAAAUGCACCACGAACAUCCGGAGCUGCUGAAGGAUCAGUACUGGGACGAAAUCUUCCCCUCGGAGCUACCGCACACGGUGGCGUCGGCCGCCGACAAGGAGGAACCGCCCCUUCCGUCGACGGCAGAUAUUGUGGUCAAGAAGCGGGAAGCGGAAGUCAUCCCGGUCGUACCGACGGUGGUGCGCAUCGAUGAAAUGAUGGAUGAUAACGUCAGCGGUAUUCAUUUCCAUGUGUCCGAUAAACCAUACAAUCGUGGCGGAAGCUCGGCCGCCAGUCUGGCCAGUGUAGCGGGAACGAUAUCCCGGGUCAACACGGUUACGUCGGCCUUGAAGCGAUUCUUCAGCAAGGAUGAAUCAAGCCGUCCGAACAGCGCCACUCCGCAGGAUGGAGGAUCCGUUCCGUUCAAGUUUCCUGGUUCGGGUAGCUCUACCAAUCUAACCGGACGCGUUCCGGACCGGGCAAUGGGCAGUAUGCGCAUCACGGAUCAGGUCAUCGAAGAGGUAGACGAGCAGCUGACCAUCACGUCGAUGCAAGGCAACAACGAUGCUCGGCCGACGGCUGCCAGCUUGUUCGAGCACGGACCACCGAAACCCAGUGAACCGGUCGAUGUGCCUCAACCGUACAACCGAACCCAGUCGUCGGUGGCUCACGGAUUCCCUUCGCAACUGACGCCACCUGGGCCAGAGUCGAUGCUUUCGGCUUCGGCUCCCGAAACGGGACGCUUUGAGCACCAAUAUAUUCCCAUGAGUCCCACCGAUCCUGAUAAUGUGCCUAUACUCGGAACCGCCGGAUCGAACAGAACCGCGGUUGACGAGACGGACCGUGUGACGACGACGUUCGAGACCCAGGAAACGGAAACGGAGCAGAUGGAACGGAAGACGCGACUGUUGGCGCGAUCGAUCAGCAAGCAGGCCGUACUGGGGCUGAUCAACACCGAUAUGCUGCUGGAUGAGCUCACUAAGAGUACGGGUGAUCUGGAGGACAAGAAACCGUCCUCGCAAAAUACUCCCGACAAUCCGACGUCCGAUUCGAACAGUAACGUUGACACGACCUUAUGAUUUUGUCUGUCCGACUUCGACAUGUCCGAUGUCAUAAUGGUGAAUGUGAAGGACCACAGUGCCAACAGGUAGCAGCUCUAGCAUCGGAUCGUGUACCUGCCGGUCCGUGGGUGGAACUGGAAUUAGGGUAGUUGCGGUCCAAUCGCAAACCAUCCGAUUCCUACCUACCUCCAACACAACGAAAAUUUAAUCUCUCCUUUUGCUCCGCUACUAGAACACAGAUCGUUUCUGCUCGCACCUAUUACUGGUUUGGCAUCGUCGAACAUGGCACUGUCUCAAGUCAUUCAGCUACACGAAUAUAACACAUUAAACAGAAAGUCUACGCAGAAGCAGAGUGAGAUAGUGGGAGAAAGUGUAUUUAGUUUCUUUAUUCAACCAGUAUUCUCAUGAACCGUAAUUUAAGGAAGGUGGGCAGACGAGCGUCUGUAAAAAUGAAUCUAAGAUUUUUUAAACACAUUUUACAAACAAUAAUCGAUCUAAGGUGAUACAUUUUUGGUAGCUAGAUGAUGUUGGAAGGAAACUUCUUCAACAAAUAGGUAAACCUAAUCAACGCGCACAUUACCAUUCGUUAUCGAUAAAUUGUGGCCUAUACAAGCGAAUGCGCCUUCAAGUGUUAGCGAUUCAAUGUGAUGUAUUCCAGGACGAGCUUAACCGUCCGCAACGAAAGAAGACACAUGUUAAAAGAAAACCCACUUUACAGCUACUGCGUGUUGUUUAUUUGAUACGUUUUGUUGCAGUCGCGCAACUGUGUUGCUAAAAGCUUACGAAAAGACAGAACGAUCGUUGGUGUUGUGUCGAUCGUGCAUUUUAAGAGUAUCGA